AACCGUGCUCAUCGAGUAUUUCUUUAAUUCACUCACAAUCCCGUUAUCGCCUAAAGGAAACCGCAGUCCACCAAUGUUUGAUGUGAUGCAGUCGGCGACUACACUGAACGGCGGAUCUUAUCCAGCCGGCGGCACCGGAAGUCGCGCUCGUGAUUUAGGUCUUCGAGCCCAGAAAAAACUGCUCGGCAGAGUGGUAUCUACCGGGGCCGGAAGAUCUCUUCUGAUAGACGAUGCCACCACGUCGCUUUUGGACAAUCUUUACAAGCUCAUGGAACGAGCAGCGAAAGCUAAUCCUAACUUGGACAAAAAGCAGCCUGAAAAGGUUUUAAAGAACAUCGUUAAGCUAUCCAUCAAGAUAGGUCUUUUGCAACGCAACCAACAGUUGAACGUCGCUGAUGACGCCAAACUCGCUGAAAUAAGGACUACCCUCAGAGCCGUGGCGAUGUCUGUGGUGUCGUUUUACGAACUGGAGUUCAGUUUUGAUAGGGCGUAUUUAACUAAGUCAUUAGAACGCUGCCGAACCGCGAUACAAACUCUUAUUAAGCCGCAUCUCACGGAUAAAUCUCAAGACCGAUGCGACCAGGUGUUCGAUUUUCUAACGCACUCCGAUUUCUUGGACUCUGUCUUCAGACAAGACUCUGAACUCAGACCUAUCCUGGGGAUGCUAGUCAGUGAUAUAAAUAAGGCCUUAGAUGCUGGGCAUCUUUGAUUCCUUUCUUUCUUCAAAUGCAAUUACUUCUACAUGAUCAAUUGAAAGAAAGAAAAAAUUGAAUGUAUAUUAUACGAUCAGUGUAUAUUUAUUUACGAUAUUUGAGUGUUAGGAGUAUACUGAGUCUGGGAGAUAUAGUGGGGUCGUAAAUUAAAAAAAAAAAAAUGAAAUGGGGACACCUACCCAUGUAAUUGCGCCGAAGGCCGUACUUUAAAUAUCAGACUGCGCCCAAAAAA